AUGGCUUCCGACAACAAUUCGCACAAGUCCGGCAAACUGGGUGUAGCCAAUGGAGUCUACAUCCCGGUUUGUCUUAACAUUGUCAGUAUUCUCAUGUUUCUGCGGUUCGGUUCGAUCCUCGGUCACAUUGGAGUUUUGGGGAUGCUAGGGCUUCUUGUGGUCUCGUAUCUUAUCGAUCUGGUGACCGUGCUCUCGCUCUCUGCCGUUGCCUCUAAUGGCGUGGUAAAGGGAGGAGGCGCCUAUUAUCUCAUAUCCAGGUCGUUAGGCCCUGAGUUCGGCGGCUCUAUUGGCAUUCUGUUUUACCUGUCGCAGGUACUCAACACCGCCCUCAAUGUAGUUGGUCUCAUCAGCUGCUUGGAACUUUAUUUCGUCGACCAGAUGCCUCAUGGAUUCUGGGGCAUAUACUUGCUGGAGACGGCUGCUCUGGUGGGGUGUACCGCCAUGUGUCUUGCCGGGAGUGGCAUAUUUGCCAAGGCAAGCAACGCUCUGCUUGCGGUCCUCUUGGUGUCCACGUUCAGCAUCCCCUUAUCGGCUCUGUUUCUGCGUCCCUUCAGCAACCCAGACCUUGGAAUCGAGUUCACUGGACUGAGCAUGGCCACGCUCCAAACGAACCUUUUCCCUGAUACUGGCAGCGACAGUCAGUUCCAGGGGCUCUCAACUUUCCGUGAGCUCUUUGGAAUUCUUUUCCCGGCCACUUCUGGCAUCUUCGCUGGAGCUUCCAUGUCGGGUGACCUGCGCAAUCCGAGCAAGGCCAUCCCUAAGGGAACACUCUGGGCUAUGUUGUCGACAUUUGUGAUAUAUCUUCUGGUCAUUCUCUCCAUGGCCUCUGCGAUUACUCAGCCGUCCCUUCUCCGGGAUGCCAAUAUCCUACAGGACACUACCCUCUCGGCUCCUCUUAUUCUUGCUGGGGAAUGCGCUACAACGUUUUUCUCGGCGCUUAUGGGGCUGAUAGGUUCUGCGAAACUCCUCCAGGCAUUGGCGCGAGAUAAACUGAUUCCUGGCCUGUCUCCAUUCGGUCUAGGGACCAAGAAGGGUGAUGAGCCUAUGCUUGCCAUUUUCCUGACCUACAUGAUUGCACAAGUGUCCUUGUUUGCUGAUCUGGAUCAAAUUGCAACUUUUAUAUCUAUGGGAUACCAGUUGACUUUCUUCACCAUGAACUUGGCCUGCUUCUUACUCAAAAUUGGCUCGGCGCCCAACUUUCGUCCUGCAUUCAAAUUCUUCAGUUGGCAUACUGCAUUCGCUGGUAGCAUUUUAUCGGCUUCUGCCAUGUUCUUCAUCGACGAGACAUAUGCAACCAUUGCUGUCAUCCUGCUCGUGUUCCUUUUCCUCCUGAUUCACUACUUGUCUCCUCCAAAGCACUGGGGCGAUGUAUCUCAGAACCUCAUCUACCAUCAGGUUCGGAAGUACCUCCUUCGGCUACGGCCCGAACACAUCAAGUUUUGGCGCCCACAAAUCAUUCUUCUCGUCGGCGACCCUCGGCGGCAGACACGCCUAGUCCAGUUUUGUAAUUCGAUGAAGAAGGGCUCUCUCUACAUACUUGGGCACGUCAUUGUCACAGACGAUUUUGAGACUGGCGUUAAAGAGGCUAAGCUACAGCAGUCAGCCUGGACAAAGUACAUAUCCGAGUAUUCCCGCAUCAAGGCUUUCGUGCAGCUUAACAUGUCGCCCACCAUAACUUGGGGUAUCAGGAAUCUUAUUCUUUCCGCAGGGCUUGGUGGCAUGCGCCCCAACAUCGCCGUGAUUGGCUUCUUCAAUAUGGACGAGCUCCGAAAGUUGCAGGCGAAGCGUGGCGUACAGGGUGCCCCAGAGCUUCCCCGAACUGGGUCUGCACGUGCCAACGCGGUGAUUGACGAUUCGUCUGGGGACGAGGUACGCCCGCCCAUGCGACGGCGGCGCGACACCUCUGCAAGGCUUCUGGACGGGGACUUGCCCACGGAUAUAAUCAAGAGGGAAGGCAACAUGUCCGUCACCAGUUACCUCACCAUUUUGGAGGACCUUGCCUUCAGGUACAGACUCAAUGUCGCUGUUGCCAAAGGCUUCGAUCGACUGGAGACGCCACGACGUGACGGGAAAAACUCCAAGAAAUACAUUGAUCUCUGGCCGAUUCAAAUGUCUGCCCGAGUGCAUGCUGAUGGGAAGAACGUUAUCACCAGCAACUUUGACACGUAUACGCUAAUUUUACAGCUUGGUUACAUUUUACAUACCUGUCAAACUUGGAGGCGCGUCUUCAAACUGAGAGUUAUGGUAUUCGUCGAGUAUGCAUCGGAAGUUCAAGAGGAGAAGCAAAGGGUCUCGACAUUGCUGGAGAAGCUAAGAAUCGAUGCCAAAGUGCACGCAUUCUCGUUGGAUUCCGAUGAGUUGCACACUUACCAUGGCAUCGUCCACGGAGAUUUCAAGGAUCCGCAAAUAGAGAACAUGCUCAACAAGACUCUAGAGUCCGAUUGGUGGGCUGAGUUGAAAGCAAUUCGACUCUCCCAAAACCAAGGCUCAGACCUUGACCACCAAGGUGACGAGCCCGGGCCGGAGGUUCCCAGGAGACGGUCGACCAUCUCAUAUGUGUCGGGAAUGUCCAGAACACCCAACGAAUCUGGCAGUGAAAGUAGUAGUAGCUCAGAUGAUGAGAUCGACGCAGACUUCAAUGAGCCUGAAAACGAUGGAAACAUAUCUGGAAUCAUGGAGUCGCCUAGAUCGAGGAUUUCACUGGCCAAUGUCAGGUUGCAAAGGAGUAGUUUCGGAAGCCUGCGCUCCAACGGCCCGGCAACACAACGCGUAUUAGCAAUUGAGCGUCAACCACUUCUGCGGGCAUCUGCGUCAGCGCGAUCAUAUGGAGCCGUGUCUGCUGAAGACUUGGCUCGCGCGAGCGACGAUCUCGCGACUACCAAAUCAUACGAAGGACGAAAUGCUUCGAUAUCCAGAGAAGACACCCUGGCAGCGACCCAACCGCCAUCCCGGACCAGGUCACCCACACGAGAAUCCCGAACCCUCAAGCCAGAAGCGGGGACGGUCCGGCGUCCUGGGUUCUCGAGAGCAAGCUCGUCCAAUAGAUUCGUGAGCUCCUUAGUACCGGAAACUAAGAUCAUCGAUGGCGAAGGCGCAGCUGGGCCCAGCCUCGGUUUUGCUUCUCCUGUAAGUGAGCCAGCUGAUCAAUCCAACACAGGCUUGGCAGCAACAGGAGGGGCUGCAGUAUAUGAUGUGAAAAUCGACAUCCCAGAGCUAGUUGCAGCCCAGCAGAAAGGUCAGGGUGGCAGAAGCCGUUCCAGUAGUCAUCACAACGACGAUGCGGGCGGAGAAAGCGAAUCGCAGCAAGGAAGCCAGGAUGCGGUCAAACUCUCCUUCAACGACCUGCCAAGCCGUGCGCAGCACCUGAUCAUCAACGAGCUGAUGAGGCAGCAUAGCGGGGACACGGCCGUUUUGUUUACGACGCUUCCUAUUCCCGAGGAAGGUAUAAGUGAGAGUGAGGAGGCUAGCGUGCAAUACCUGUCGGACGUCGAGAGGGGAUGUGCCCGCCUGCCGACAUCGCAGACGCGACAACAUCAUGACGGCGAGAUACGAAUCGACCUCCCGCUGCUCUUCUUCACGUCUUCGUCACACUGCGCACAGCGAGCAGUCAUGGAGAUCAAAAGCAAACCGAGGGGUUUUUACGGCGGGGGCAACAACAGCAGCAGGAGCAGGAGCAGGAGCAGGAGCAGGAACAGCAACAGCAGCAGCAGCAAGUCCGCAUCCGGCGGCCGCAGGGACAAGAGCAGCAGUCGACAGAGGUCAAAGCUCAGGGAGUUCGUCCCCGUCCACACGCCCGACCGGCCGACACACCCAGUCACCGACAUACCGUCGGACGAGGAAUGUUAUGCCAUUCUUUCGGGGAUUCAGGCACACAACAUUCAGGGGCAGAGCCGGGAUCCAGGCGCCGCAAGGGUGGCGACCUGGAGUGUGAGGGGCGAGUCGGCUCUGCCUCACGCAGGGAGUCCUACACCGAGUCCGCCUCCUUACACGAGGGCAGUCUCUACGGAAUCUUCGGAAGGUGACAUGGCUCCAGCUGUGGAGAACAUGGUCGACAUCAAUGAUAUUAUGAAGGAUUUCGAAGGCCGCCGACAUCCAAAGGCUGCACCUUCACCCAGAAACACCAUGGAGAGUCAUUUUUCGUCUAUUUAUCCGGUGUCUCCGGAAAGCACGCUUCGGAUGCAGCCGGAAGUCACGGCAUGGCCGGGAAGUGCUGCUGCAAACACAUUUCAACGCAUGCGCCAACACCUUUCACCCUCACCUCCUGAAUCAGAAUGUCCACCAGAUCAAGCCGAGCAGCAGACUUGGUCUUUCCAAGCGACCGCGACAAACUAUCGCGACAAUCCGGGUGUGCUGCCCAGCCCGGCCGAGUCUCUCUCGAUACCUCCCGAGCCACCGGCGCUCAGCAAGCAGGCGUUGUCGUUGUACAAUCGUGAGUCGGUAUAUCCGGAUGCAUUGACGCCAACACGUUGGAACACGGAAUAUGCCAGCCCUAGGUCAGCACCUCCUUUCGCCCGGCACGCCUUCGCCCCCGCCGCCGCGUCACCACCCAGGCCGUGGAAUCAAAUGCAGAUUGCUUGCUCGACCAACGGCGAACAAAUCUGCAGACUUUGCCGGAAGCCGGGAAUGAUGGGCGGCGGGGCCCUCUGCCUAGGGUGCGAAAACAGCUACCUGCCGGUGACGAGCGGCGUGUUUGGCGAAAACACUCGGGUCUCGCCGGACAGCGAUCAGGAGAGAGGCAGGGUCAGGAGGCGGCAGGACGACGACAGCCACCACCACAACGUGUCAGAGAAGCCAUUCAGUCUCGGUCCGCCCCCGCCACGCCGAAAGGGCAUAGGCAGGACGGCCAAGGCGUCGCCGCGCGGGCCGCGGGCACAGCGCGAAGACAGCAGCAGGGAGGUGUCUCCAACGCCGGCCAGGGUGGGCGUGGCGCGCGGCAUCAGCAUCAAGGCCGCUAUGCAGUCGCCCAAGAAGAUCAAGCUCGUCAGCCCUGGCUUCCGGCCUGGAGGGUUUCCUGGAUUUCCGAGAACGUCGGGCGAGAGCGGCGGCGGCGGCGGCGGUGGUGGUGGUGUUGGUGGUAAUAGAAACAAGUCAUCGCCUAGCCGCGACACUAGCGCCGUGCAUAAGGCUGUGUCAGCAAGCCCACUUCGGUUCGGCGAAGCGUUGGAUCCGUUGCAGCGAGACACGGCACAGGGGGAAGCACGUGGUGGAAAUGCAACCCUUGACGACUGGACUGACGACUGGGAGGGUUUCGACUACUACUUCGAGCCCAAAGACACUUCUGAGGGGAAUGAGGGGCAUCUCGCUACCUCGUUCCAGAGAAAACUGCCCGACGUCGAGGAGGCCAGCAGUGGAUCAGAGAGCGAAGAUCAGGUGCCUGCCCUUGAGCCUUCGCCAAUUUCAUCAAUUCUUAGUAAACUGCAUGGCAGGGAGCGGAAGAGGAUACUGAGACCAGAGCAGCCGCUGGCGACUCGCUUCUUCACGUCACCAGAGCCUGCUUUCUUCUGA